GACGCUCCCCUGGGCCACGCCGCGUUCUACCGCGCGGCCCGCGAGUUCCUCGGCGAGACGGAGCAGGCGCGGGUCGACGCCUUCUUCGUGCAGUUCUACGGCGGGGAGACGGCCUGGUCGCUGGGCGACCCGGACGCCCUCAGGCCGCCCUCCGGCGGCGGCGACCCCGCCGCGGUGCCGGAGGCCAAGCGGCGGCGGACGGAUGCCGGCGAAGACGGCGCGGUCGCCGAGCCCGGCGGGGACGCCGGGGAAGGCUCUUCGGACGGCGAGGACAUCGAGGCGCUCCUCGGCCGCUGGCAGGCCGUGCCGGGC